AUGCUCCAGACAAUUUCCGCUACGCUAUGGAGCUUCUUCGGUAUUGGAAACAAUCCGCUUCCUGACAUCCCAUACGCCUCCUGCUUUCCUACCCUGGGACUACUGUCAGAGAAAUGGUCGCAUGAUUUCUAUUCAACGUCUAUGGGAGCCCUUUUCGAUGCAGCCGUGGAGGAAGGUAUAUCCUGGACGCUUAUCGGCGGCGUGCCAUUGGUAUACCUUCGAGACCCUGCCUUGAUCCGACAGAUGUUUGUCAAAAAUGCAGAAUCUAUUAGCCGGUGCGGAACCCAAACCAGAGGUCCAUUUGGAACUGGCAAACGUAUUGUCCGCAAUGCCCUGAUUACUGCAGACGGCGACGUCGCCCGACAUUGGCAUGCUGAUAUGACCCGCGGAUUCCACAAUAGACCCGCUAUGGAGGGUUUUCAUUUGAAGCUGAUCUCAAUUGCAACGGACCACGUCCAAAGGCUCCGAGACCUCGGGCAUGGUGAUAAUCUCCAAAAUCUCCUGCAAGAUUAUGCCAUGGAUGCAGUCUGGUGUCUGGGGCUCGGGUUGGAGAAUGCCUCCCAGCAUACAAGAGAAUGGCAUGAGCCGUUUGGCCAGUAUGUGCAGAUGGCGGCGAGUAUGUCAUAUCCACUCCAUCACACCGUCAUGAAUCAGAUGUGCGGUCGGAAAUUUGAAGAACCAGAUUAUUACGAGAAUGAUCUUCACCAAAGGAUUGAGAAUUGUAUCCUUCAGCUUCUGGAGGCCAACUCGCACCUCCUAAACCCGGAGGAGGCGAAAGCCCCAGAGCAAAUGAACUUCCUCCAGAGGAUAUCCUAUGAGACAGGUGGGAGCGCAGAGCAACCCAUAACCCCGGAUGUUUUCGCCCACGCAAGGCAAAUCUUCUCCCACGGGUUUCCCGCCCCUACGCUUCUCCUCGUCUGGGCGCUGAGGGAGCUAUCCCUACACCCCAAGGUAAAGCAGAAGCUCCGCGCAGAGCUCCAAGCAAGUGACUGGCAUGAUCGCCAGGAGCUGCAGCUCCUUUCGCAACUUCCUUACCUCAAUGCGGUGGUAAACGAACUACUGCGCCUACACCCCCCGAUCCCGACUACCGCCCGAGCCAUUGAUCGUCCCUUCAGCAUGCAGACUAAAUCUGGUGCUAGCUUUGUCCUUCCCGUGGAAGCUCGCGUGGCUGUUUCCCUUGCGAUGUUACAUCAAGACCCUCAUGUUUGGGGCGAGGAUGCCUCACAAUUUCGACCGGAGCGAUGGGACGGACUCCACCCGAAUACGAUCGAGAGCGAGUGCAAGUAUUUGCCUUUUCUCUCGGGACCUAGACGGUGUCCAUGUACCGGUUACGUCUUACAGCAUGUCAAAGUAUUUCUAGCGGUGUUAUUGACGGAGGUGGAGUUGGACGUGACGAAUGCGUCUACGGUAGAAAAGAGAUUGGGGCCGGUAUCAGAGCCAACAAAACCUCUGACCUUCACCGUCAGCCCAAUUAAGACAAAUUCAAUUGGGCAUGUCGAGCACUAA